AUGCUCUCGAAGAGAAGGGACACAACCUUCCUCAAAGAUCUAGACAGGUCAAAGAGGAAGCUUGAGACGCUCCAGAGAGUUAUGGUCGACCUGCGAGAAAAGAUUUAUGAUGCCAAAGACAUAUUGGCGGAUUGCCAAGUUCAAUCAAGAGGAAAAGAAGAAGAAGAACAAGUUUCCAAAGGGUGUUUGAAGUGCUUUGCUCCUUCAGACCUGCCUUUCCAGUACAGAACCGGAAAGCAACUCAGAGAAAUCAAUGAGAAGAUAGCCGAAACCAAAGAAAACAUCCGAAGUUAUCUUGGGUUGUCGAUGUUAGCUCAACCCAACACUGCAGAUAGCUACAAUGACAGAUGGAGCUGUCCUGAUGUCUAUGACCAUACCCAGGUUGUUGGAUUGGAAGAAGACACAAAGAAGAUAAAACAGUGGCUACUAGAAGCCAAUGAAGAGUUGCUUGCAAUUGGGAUCAUCGGCAUGGGUGUAGUGGGGAAAACCACAACUGCUAAGGAGGUCUACAAUGAUGCAGAAAUAGAACAACACUUCGAAAGGAAGAUGUGGGUAUCUGUUACUCAGACAUUCAAAGAAGAACAGAUCAUGAGAAGUAUGCUCAAAUACCUGGGGGAUGCUGGUAUGGGUGAUGAUCGAGGAGAACCGUUGCGUAAAAUAAACCUAUACUUGCAAGGGAAAAGGUACUUAUUAGUGAUGGACGAUGUGUGGAGCUCAGAUUUUAAAUGGUGGGAUCGAAUUUAUGAUGGAUUGCCAAAGGGAAAUGGGAGUAGUGUCAUAAUCACUACUAGGCAAAGGGAAGUCGCCAGAAAGAUGAGAGUGACAAAGCCAAGAAUACAUCAACCUAAAUUCCUUAGUGAAGAAAAUAGUUGGUUGUUGUUCUGUAAGGUACCAUUUGCUGCAACCCAAGGUGAGUGCCUUCACUCUGAGUUGUUGGAUGUGGGGAAGGAGAUUGUUGAGAAAUGCAAAGGCCUUCCAAUAGCAAUCAAGGCAGUGGGAGGAAUCAUGCUUUGUAAGUAUCUUGCUGAAUGGAGGCGCAUUGCCGAUUAUUUCCGCAACGAAUUGAAUGAGAAUGAUAACUCAGUAAUGGCUUCAUUGCAAUUGAGCUAUGAUGAGCUCCCCCCUUAUCUCAAGUCAUGCUUCCUCUGUUUCUCUCUUUAUCCAGAAGAUUGUGUGAUCACCAAGGAGCAAUUAAUCCACUAG